UACCGGAGCACUGAUCUGUCGGGAGGAGGCGUGGCCUCCAGGGAAAGGGCGUGGCCCUGUCUGUAGGCCGUGAGGGGGCGUGGCUUUGGUGGCCCGGCUAUUGAGCAGCGGGUCCUGAGAGGCGAGGGAGCCGCGAGUUUCGUAUUCUGGAGAAACGCUCAGGUUUCUGCAAAUUAUUUGGGAACUGAUCGAGGUUUCAAGCUAAAGAUGGUGGUGAUGAAUAGCCUGAGGGUCAUUCUUCAAGUGGCUCCAUGCAAAUUGUUGAAGAGAAGGUUCCAGUUACCUGGGCUCCUGCCAGUGAGGCCCUGCAGCCUCUACACCUGCACGUACAAAUCCCGGAACCGAACCUUGCAUCCGCUCUGGGAGAGCGUGGACCUCGUUCCUGCGGGUGAUCGGCAGUCGCCCAUCAACAUCCGGUGGAGGGACAGUGUCUACGAUCCUGGCUUAAAACCGCUCACCAUCUCUUAUGAUCCGGCCACCUGCCUCCACAUCUGGAAUAACGGGUACUCUUUCCUUGUGGAAUUUGAAGACUCUACAGAUAAAUCAGUGAUUGAGGGAGGACCCCUGGACCACAACUACCGAUUGAAGCAGUUCCAUUUUCACUGGGGAGCCAUUGAUGCUUGGGGAUCUGAGCACACAGUGGACAGCAAAUGCUACCCUGCAGAGCUGCACUUGGUGCAUUGGAAUGCAGUCAAAUUUGAAAGCUUUGAGGAUGCAGCAGUGGAAGAAAAUGGUUUGGCUGUGAUUGGAGUGUUUUUGAAGUUAGGCAAACAUCAUAAAGAACUACAGAAGUUGGUGGAGACUUUUCCAUCAAUUAAGCAUAAGGACACCCUUGUGGAAUUUGGGUCUUUCGACCCUUCCUGCCUGAUGCCCACCUGCCCAGAUUACUGGACCUACUCUGGGUCUCUGACUACACCACCCCUCUCCGAGUCUGUCACCUGGAUCAUUAAGAAGCAGCCAGUGGAAGUGGAUCAUGAUCAGCUUGAGCAAUUCCGGACCUUGCUUUUUACUUCAGAGGGGGAGAAAGAGAAAAGAAUGGUGGACAACUUCCGCCCCCUUCAGCCCCUGAUGAAUCGCACUGUCCGCUCAUCCUUCCGUCAUGAUUAUGUGCUGAACAGACAAGCAAUCCCCAAGCCUGAGACCAGCCAAGUGACCCCCUAAGAUGUUCAUACCUAGGCACUAUUUUGCUUUAAUACAUACUAGCUUUUUAAAAGUUGCUAACUAGAUGACUUUAAAUGCCUGCAUUUAAUAUUUAUAGAUAUACUCUUCUUCUUUUUAGUCAUUUUAAAGUUACUUUCCUUAUGAGGUUGGGACAUGGAGACAGAACAAUAGAAAAAUAACUGAUUGGUUUACAUCAGAUAACUUUUAGAUUGCCUUUUUAUGUGUGAAAGGAUUAAGGCCAGGGGAGUUAAUUAUCAUGCCUACUGUAAGCGGCCCAUUUGGGAAAGUUUGGUUAUCUUUCUAAUCCUGAUUUCUCUGAAGAGCAGAUAAAUAGCUUAUUUCCAGCUUGGUGAAGUGGAAUUUUAGUGUGAGUGACUCCAUUUUGAUUUGUAUCCUGGUCUCUUCAGGCCUAGUGCAAGAGCUUAGUCCAAAACAAUGGACUUAUGUAAUUUUUUUCUUAACCAUCCCUCCCUUUUGGUCAGACUCUCAUCACCUUAGGGCAUUAGUGCUACUGUCAGUUACCAUCAUCUUGGGCUUCCAGUCUCAACACAUCAUUCAUUCAUAGGUUAGAUGGGCAUUUCUUGGUAUGAGAAUGCUUCAUUAGUCUUUGAAGAAAGCUAUACAAAUUAUUUUCUUGAAAAUGAUGUUUAUCACUGAAAUACCAGCUAGAGAUGCAGAUUUCUGAUACAGCAACUUGUUAGUAAUUAUAAUAUCUUUUUAAGUCUGACACUUUUGAGCUAUCUUUUUAUGUUUAUUAAUCAAUGGUUCUAAAGAGUUAUAAGUAGGGCUUAUAAUCAAAAUGUUUAACAACUGGUAAAGGCACAGACACUGACCAUGCAGAACACAGCUUUUCAGAAACGGCCAUGGGGCCCAGACUGGUACUUCCUGACUGAAUACUGGCCAAGUUUUAGAUAUAUUUUAUUUUAAAACAAGAACGCGUAUUCUUUUAUAAGAGUUUCUCAAUGAACAUGUUAUCUCUAAGAUUUAGUUAUCAUUAAUAGUACAUGAUAUACUUAUGUAUGAUCAAUUUAUGAUGUAGAAAGUAUGUUUUGUAGUACUAAUAAUCAAACAAGGACUUUUACUAUAUCUGGAAAUCCUUUAGCACUUCUGGUGAUCUGAUAAUUUGCUUAAAAGCUUGAUCAUUUAGAAGGCAUAUGGAAAACACUUUAAAGAAAAUGCUGCUUAAA